UAGGAGGGCACAGUUAACAGGAACUUUGGACUUGGGGCAGAGUCUGCAGAAGAGGACUUGGCUGGGCAGCAGGGCUGGGCUUUCAGGACUGGAGUGAGAUCAGGCAGCCAUGGAUGCAAGGCGGUGCUGAGAGAAGUGGGGCAUGGCUGUAGCCCUACAGGUCCUACCCUGUCUGGUCCGAGGCCCCUCACGUCCACUCCUCUGGGGGGCCUCAGUGGCCCGGAUGGCCAGCGGCAUGACCUUAGCAGAACAAGCACGGCAGCUGUUUGAGAGUGCUGUGGGUGCUGUGCAGCCGGGCCCUAUGCUGCAAAGGGCACUGUCCUUGGAUCCUGGUGGCAGACAGCUGAAGGUGCGGGACCGGAGCUUUCAGCUGCGGCAAAACCUCUACCUAGUGGGCUUCGGCAAGGCUGUACUAGGCAUGGCCGCUGCAGCUGAGGAACUACUGGGCCAGCAUCUUGUGCAGGGUGUGAUCAGCGUUCCCAAGGGGAUCCGAGCUGCCAUGGAGCAUGCUGGCAAGCAAGAGAUGCUGCUGAAGCCACACAGCCGGGUUCAGGUGUUUGAGGGUGCAGAGAACAACUUACCAGAUCGUGAUGCACUGCGGGCUGCACUGGCCAUCCAGCAGCUGGCGGAGGGCCUCACAGCUGAUGACCUGCUGCUUGUGCUUAUCUCAGGUGGGGGCUCAGCCCUGCUGCCUGCCCCCAUCCCACCUGUCACACUGGAGGAGAAACAGAUGCUCACCAAAUUGCUGGCUGCCCGGGGAGCCACUAUCCAGGAGCUGAACACCAUCCGGAAGGCCCUGUCCCAGCUCAAGGGUGGUGGGCUGGCUCAGGCUGCCUACCCUGCUCAGGUGGUAAGCCUCAUCCUGUCAGAUGUGGUUGGGGACCCCGUGGAGGUGAUCGCCAGUGCCCCCACUGUUGCCAGUGCCCACAGUGUGCAAGAUUGCCUGCAUAUCCUCAAUCACUAUGGCCUUCGUGCUGCUCUGCCACGUUCUGUGAAGACUGUGCUCUCUCGAGCUGACUCUGACCCCCAUGGGCCACACACCUGUGGUCAUGUCCUCAAUGUGAUCAUUGGCUCUAAUGUGCUGGCACUGGCUGAGGCUCAGAAGCAGGCUGAAGUGCUGGGCUACCGUGCCAUGGUGCUGAGCACAGCCAUGCAGGGUGAUGUGAAAAGCGUUGCCCAGUUCUAUGGGCUGCUAGCCCACGUAGCUGCAGCUCGCCUCACCUCAUCUAUGGCUGCAGCUUCCAUGGAGGAGGAAACAAAGCUCCAUCAGUUGGCAACUGAUCUCCAGCUCCCAGAUCUGCAGCUGGAGGAGGCUCUGGAGGCUGUGGCAGAGGCUAAGGGCCCAGUCUGCAUCCUGGCUGGUGGUGAGCCCACUGUGCAGCUGCAGGGCUCUGGCAAAGGAGGUCGGAACCAAGAACUUGCUCUGCUUGUUGGAGCAGAGCUGGGAAGAUGGCCACUGGGGCCUGUUGAUGUGCUGUUUUUGAGUGGAGGUACUGAUGGGCAAGAUGGGCCCACUGAGGCUGCUGGGGCCUGGGUCAUGUCUGAGCUUGCCAGCCAGGCUGCCGCUGAGGGCCUGGACGUGGCCACCUUCCUUGCCCACAAUGACUCACACACCUUCUUCUGCCGCCUCCAGGGUGGAGCACAUCUUCUGUACACAGGGUUGACAGGGACCAAUGUCAUGGAUGCCCACCUCUUGUUUUUGCGGCCUCAGUGAUGAUGUAGCUCACAUUUUGAGAGUCUGUGAGAGGCCUACAAGGUCCAGAUCAUUCAGGAAGAUCAAGGUUUCAUCUUCAGGACCUCACCAUGCUUUAGGACUCCCUCUCUCCUCAGCCCUGGCUGAGAUCUACUCCAUAGCCACCUUGCAACUAGACUGGAAGGUGGGGGCUCUCUCCACCCCUACUUUCUCAUGGAAGCAGGUGGCCUUUGAGGACUAGGACAUGCCCCUUAUUCCUUGUUUUUGCCCAGAAAGCCUUCCUGCCAUUUCCUCAGCCUGUUUCUUCCAUGGAAGCUAGGGAGACUGAAAAUAAAAAGGAGCAUACUCUGGGGGUCUCAGCGCA